AUGAUCGAUAGUUUUUAUACUGGUUUUUAUACUCUCUUCGGAACGAGUCUCGGCUGCUGGCACGCACAAGUAAACGGUCAAGCGUGGUUAACCUCUCGAGUAAGACAACGUGUUACAUCUAAGAAAGAGACUUAGCUUAGGAAAAUAAAAGAAAUGUGAGAUUAUAGAUGUCAGACCAGGGAGGAAGAUUGUAUACGUGCCGCUAGAUUGUACACAGUCGCACAACUAAUGAAGAACGCCAGAUUUAAGGAGCUGGAGGAACAAGCAAUGAGAAAGGUGCAGGAAGCCCAACGUUCGGUAUCCAGACAUCGCGUUAAGAAAAAACGUUGCUUGGAUGAGAACGUUGCGAGAGAGAUCUCAAAGAUCGCUGAACUGUCCAAGGUGUCCUCGUCGGAUGCGAUAUCCCAAAUGUCAGAGAUGAACAUAAAUAAGAUAUCUGCGGAAUUGAAGCAGAUGAUGGAGAGGGGAAAAGUACCUGAGCAUAUAGUUCAAAUGGCUCAAUUUGCGGAAUUUAACAAGUUAAAUUCCGACUUUAGCAAGAUGUCGCAGGAACUGGCGAAGAGAUACGAGAUGGAGAAAAUGGCGGAAUACGCCAAGACUACCGAGUACAUGAAAAUGCAAGAAAUGGCCAAGAUGAAUGAGAUGGUCAAGUUCUCCGAGAUGGCCAAGUACAACAGUGACAUCACCAAGAUCAGUGAAAUGGCGAAGAUGAACGAGAUGAUGAAGAUGUCGCAGAUGGCGAAAAUCAACGAGGUUCAGAGAAUGAACGAGAUAGCAAAGUUGAACGAAAUGGUGAAAAUGACGGAGAUGGCCAAGUACAAUAGUGACAUUACAAAACUCAACGAAUUAGCACAAAUCAACGAGGUAGCAAAGGAGAUCGUGAAGAUCAAUGAGAAGACCAAGCUAAAUGAGAUGAUGAAGAUGGCAAAUAUGCAAAACGACAUCGCCAAGAUACCAGAGUACUCGAAGAUGGCGAGCGAGAUGGCGAAGCUAUCAGAACUGGCCAAGUUGAACGAGAUAACAAUCACGAAACUAAAUGACCCACCGACGUCGGCACCUGCACCAGCAUCGGCCCCGGCAUCAGCACCGACCUCGGCACCAGCCUCGGCACCGCCAAUGCCGAAGAUACCUGAGAUUCAACCGCCACCACCGCCACGUAUCCCCGAACCUGUGAUCACCGUGCCAAAUCCGAGAAAUCUACAGAACGUGCAAACCGUACAAAUGGCGCAGGCCAGCCCGUCCAGCAUGAUCAAUUUCUCCAGCGUGCCUGGCCAGAACAACUACGGUAAAUUAUUGGCCAUCAUCGAGGAACUUGGCAGAGACAUCCGUUUGUCGUACGCGGGCAGCCGUAGCGCUGCCGAAAGGCUGAAGAACGGCAUUCAGCAAGCCAGGAUUAUUGUACGGGAGUGCCUGCUGGAGACGCAACAUAAUGCGCAGCAAUGAUCUGCCGACUACUAGGCUACCGAUUAGAUUCUAGCCUUUUACCAUUUUAUCGAGAAAAUAUUGCUUUGUGGGAACGCUUAGAUUUGGAAGUUUGGACUAAUGCAAUUACGUAUAUGUGUACAUAGAUCGAGCGAUUCGCGAGAUGGAUGAUGCCUUGGCUGCCUGCUGUUGAAAACUUGACUCGCAACUAGCACAGUUUUAUGUAUACGCUAUAUUCUAACAGAGAUAUUACGUACAAUAUAUGUGUGUGCGUGUGUUACGGAUAAAACAAACUGCAAAAAUGAACUGGUAAAAAACACCAUUGAGCCAUCAAGUGAAGAGAAUAUUCCGUAUAUUGCGAUAUUGCUAGAUUUAUGUAUGCAUGUCAUUGGAAUAGUGAGCAAACAUUUUUUAGUUUUAAGUUGCAAUUUGGUACAUGUAGAAAUAAUUCAGAAUCGGGUACCAAUUGUAUCAUACAUAUACGUAUAUAUAUACAUAUAUAUAUACUUUCGGAGUAGAUAACUUUGGUCUGUAUUUUAUCAAACGCGAAAAACAGUUGUAAUGUAAUUUUUGUUAAAAACCAUCGGGUGCAUAUACCGCAAAUCUUUAUAGUAUACGUUUCGAGUGAGUGAAGAUGAAGCUUUUCAAACGACAUGUACCUAAUGGAAAGUAUAAUCCCAUAAAUAUAUCGUUAAAUAAAUAAAAAUUUUGUACAACAA